GGCAGUUGAGAGUUGCUGUAAAUGGUUUUUUUGAAAAACUGGACCUUGUGUCUGGAUGUAUAGAGCUUCUAGGACCACCAGUUAGUAAGAGUUACAGCCAUUAUUAAACAUGCCUGAACACACUCCGGCUCCUACUCCCAGUAGAGCCGUCUACGGUUUUGUGAUGUACCUCAGUUUCAGAAUAUUUUUCAUCAUUUAUGUUAUUUGGGCUGUGAUACCUGAAGAAUGGUUUGUGUCCAUUGGAAUUACUUUUUUACCUCAAAGGUACUGGGCUGUAGCCGUUCCUGUAUAUUUUUUAACGGUACUAACUAUUUUUGCCUUCGUCAUAUACCCAGGUUUCGGUUUAUACAUGACUCCCAAUGUCGAUGAUUUGAGAACUAUUACGGAUCAUUUUGGCAAAAAGCUAAGACAUAAUUCAGAUAUUUUGACUCAUAAUCAGUCCAAUAGUACAAAGUGUGUUUGUAAGAAUAAAGAUAACUGUUCUAAAUCAUAUUAUGAAAAUAUCAGCAGAACUUCAAUUAAUGAAUAUAUUCCCCCUGUACAAGAUUUGAAGAUGUGGUAUGUUUCAGAUAGUUUAUAUCUAAAAUAGGGUUACGCCUGAAGUCGUGUCACUGUUCAUAUUGAUGAAAAAUAAAUGUUACAAUAAACAAUAUUUCCAUAA